UCGCAGGAACGCGGUCGCAUAGUCGUCCGGCAGCGCCGCGACGCCCUCGAGGCGAACUAGACGCUUUACGCUCUGUGCUCGCUAGCGAGACAUUUCGGCGUUUCUAACCUUGUCCCGACGCUGCGUGUCGCUCCUACAGUUCGUACAGUGUGUAACGAGUGGUGUCGUGCGUCCUCAUUUUUCCAUCUUCUUUCACGCGUUCGUUCUUUCUCACCUCUGUGCCGACCUGUUCCGAGUGAAUCCGCCAAUCAGUGAACAAAAGAAGUCAGCUGACGAGAGACGACUUUACCGCACAUCCUGUCAACGAAAAUACUCCUCGUUUACACGCUGCACCUCGUUUAAUGCAGUGGCCUUCUAGCGGUGUUAAACUUUAUGAAAACUUUGAUAUUGCAGAUCGAGGCGUUGCCAAGGUCACGAGGGAGGAGCUGAGGUCAUCGCUGCACCUAUGUUGUGCGGCGAACUCCUGAACGGUGGCUUCGUCAGUACCGGAGCGGUACCGGUGGUUUCCUACAGUCUCUUAGGAUUCUGGUUACCCGGCUGUAUACGUGCCACCAGUCCUACCUCGCUGAAUUCCUCGUAUUUGACCCUGUUGGCCGAGCUGCUGGCCAGGGGCCACCUGGACCUACGAAGCGAGCUGAUGGACCUCGCAAAGAGGAGCCAUCAGGCUCCUACCAACGGUGCGGUCGACCUUGACAUCGAUCUGCACGGCGACGACAUCGACGAGAACGUCUUCCUCGAAAACGGUCUGCUCUCCUUCGAGAAUCCCAACUACCACCUCGAUCCAGCACGUCUGGACGAUGCCCUGAACAGCAACGAGAACGGCAGUUCCCUGUACGACGAAUUAUAUCAAGAGCUAGUUGGAAAUGGCGGCAGAGGCGGCGAAGUAACCGGUGGCGAUAGCGGGGGUGGUGGCACAAGGGUUCAAGCACGCAGAACAUACGCCACAUUGGAUCUAGGUAGCAUGGGAGUGGACGUCACUCAGGGUCCUCUCACGCAAGAUUCCGUGACGGAUGAUGCGGCCGACAACACGGACAACCAUAACCUAGGGUACGGCAGCGAGGGUGUUGCGGAGUCCGCCCUCGUCGACGACACCCUCAACGGAAAUCCUCGAUCUUCACCGUCGUCUUCUUCGAUUCUGCCUCCCCUUCAGUCAGGAUCGACUUCGGACACGAUCGACGCUGAAAAUCUAACCGGUUCGAGAAAUUAUUGCGAGAAAGCGGAUAACGAAACGACAGACAUGGGCGGCGUUCCUCACGUGGAGGGUGGACUGAAUAGCGAGCUAUACGCGGUUCCUGUGAAACGAAGGCAACCGAAGGAUCAGAAGAACAAUGCGAGCCUGCAGAACAAUGCCCAGGAGAAACCGUCGGAAGUGGAUACGAACGAAUGCGAGGAUAAAGAUGAGAAUCUACCGCCCGGAUGGCAAAAACACGAGGGUGGGUGUCCAAGAAUUCGCGAGCCAGCCAAUUACGAGAACGGACCUUAUUACUGGCACGUCAAAAGCGGCAAUAUUCAGAGAGAGCCACCGGAGGCGCUUCCACACUCCAAGAGGGAGUCUCGUAGGAGCCUUAUCAAAGAUAAUGAUAGCAUAAACAAUUUCCACACUUUGAGCGGCAUGGUGAACACGGUGACCCGUAGCAACACCAGCUCGGCUUUGGAUCAGGAGUUGGAGAACAAGAGGAAGGUGGAAUUAGCUCUUAAACGAAGAAGCUACCCCGCCCGAGCAGAUUCAGAGGGCAGAGACAAACCGAUCCGCUUCGCCGUGCGUUCCCUCGGCUGGACAGAGAUCGCCGAGGAGGAUCUGACACCCGAAAGAAGCAGCAAAGCGGUGAACAAAUGCAUCGUGGACUUGUCACUCGGCAGAAACGAUCUUCUGGACGUGGUUGGUCGAUGGGGCGACGGCAAAGACUUGUUUAUGGAUCUCGACGAAGGUGCUUUGAAGCUGAUAGACCCGGAGAACCUAACCGUGCUCAACACACAACCGAUUCACACGGUCAGGGUGUGGGGUGUUGGUAGAGACCACUGCCGCGAAAGGGACUUCGCUUAUGUGGCAAGAGACCGAUCGACCCGGAAACACAUGUGCCAUGUGUUCCGUUGCGACAUACCGGCACGUACGAUCGCUAACACGCUUCGCGAUAUUUGCAAGAAGAUCAUGAUCGAACGGUCGCAACAUCAGAAUCUGGCGAAACCGGUGGACAUUAAUGGGAGAACGAGCCUCGCUACCAGACCUACUAACCUGCCUACUGAGCAUCGACGAUUUCAUAAAAACGGACAAGCACUAGUCACACAAUCUUUCCCAACGCCCAUGGAGGAGCCGAAGAAAGUGCUACGGGCACAGUAUCUUGGAUCCAUGCAAGUAUCUCAGGCGACUGGAAUGGAAGUUUUAAACGACGCGAUAGAUCACAUCGUAUCCAACACCCCUAUCAAUCAAUGGCGAAACGUGAACGUUGCUGUGGCACCCAGCAUGAUUUCUAUCCUUACACCAAAUGAGGAGAAACUUAUCACCGAGUGCCGAGUACGUUAUCUGUCGUUCCUCGGUAUCGGCCGCAACGUGAAACAAUGCGCGUUUAUAAUGCACACCGCGCAAGAUCUCUUCAUCGCACACGUCUUCAAUUGUGAGCCUAGCAGCGGAGCCCUUUGCAAAACCAUCGAAGCCGCUUGCAAGCUGAGGUACCAGAAAUGCUUAGACGCACAUCCUCAAGGCUUCAGAAACGCCAGCAGUCUGAACACUCCUAGCGGAAAAGGUCUUGGCGCUACCCUGAAGUCGUUGGUUGGUUCACUGACUGGACGUAGAAAUAAGCAGGGUGAGUCCUGAGACGAGGCUCUCUCGCUGCAGGAACUGUGGCCGCUGCCUGCUGAGCGAGAGGUGAUCAGACACAGACAUCUGCAAUCGCCGCUGACCUUGAAAUACUUUAGCGGAUCGCCACCAAGCGCGUCCCUCAGGUCACUCCUUUCGCCGUCUCUGGACAACAGGCGUAUUCAGUUAGCCCGUUGGGAGAGCAACCCUUAAUAUGGAAAUAAAUACCAGCCGCAGUUCAAGCCAAGUAAGAAAGAAGCACGGAGGAACGCGAACAGGAAUUAUAUUCGUACGUUUAACGACUGAAUCGUGAAUUCUGCAGAGUGCUAUAACUAAUUAACCACAGCUAUAGUGGACUACGCUUACGUGUGUCGAUAUGAUGUUAUGUAUGUUACACGCAGUGUCCGAAAAACAAAAAAUGAUUUCAAAUUAAAUAAGUCGACGAACGAGGCCGAGCUCGUGGAUCGACGUCACGAAAAUUCUCUUUUAGAUUCGAGUCGGCGCGAACGACGCUGAUGACCUUGAAACGAGAGAAUCCAAUCGCGCCGCGAACAUUACGGAACCUUCUAGGGGGCAGAGUAUCCCGCGAACAUAUGGGACGACAUAGUAAAGAGCGAGUUUGUAUAUACAUACGGGACGGUAAUUUAUCGCGGUAAAUUUAGUUGAAUUCGCUGGAUCGGACGGGAGUCUAGAAGAGGGAUGAAAGGGGAUACGAUCGUACGAGUGAGUGAGGGAGUGUGUGAUGUAGCGUUCUAGCGUAUCCACGAGGCAUUCGACGAUUUAAACGAUCGACGACAGAGCUAUAGAGAGCUUAAAUGUAUAACUUACAUGUGUAUUCUCGGGUGUACAGAUUAGGGAAGCGAGACGAGGAUGACCAGACCACACGAACUUCUAAACACGUAAACACGAAUAAUUAUAUAGGAGAGACACGCAUAGAGAGAUUACCACGCGACGAUACACUAUUAUAGUUAACACGCUAAAUAUACAGACACACACGGUGACACACACAGGCAGGUAACAGGGAGUUUAUUUUUUAUGGCGAAAUAAGUAGAAGAACUUGCACCUUGUGAGAGCGAGAAGACGACACGGCAAGCGCUGUACGCGACCGUCCUUUUAAAUCCAUGGGGAAUAAACAGACCGAGACGAGCUACCUACCGAUCUUGACACUCGCAAUGAACGGUACACACGUAUUGUCGUACGCACAAUCGCUGUGCAGUAACGCUAUCGCCUAUGCAAACACUCAUUCUCUGUUAACGUUGUACCGAAUCAUUCAUCGUCGCCAUGGACAGUUUCAUGAAUAAAGUUUCGUGAGAAAAACAAACUACAGAAACCGUCAGCGACUCGUCCAGAGAGUUUAUUCACCGUCACGACUACCUUUCUCCGACAACGUUUGCACGCGUGUUCACGGAAUAGUAAAAACGUACGCGUACACAACUAUAUUUACUCGCAGAUUCGUCAUUAAUCGCACGUGCACAGCAUCGAUCGCACCGUCACACGGUAGAGUUAGGGCGAAAUCGAGUUUAUUCGAUCAAACAUCGACGAUGAACAACACCGGAUCCAUCCAGUUAACAAACCGCUGGCUGGACGAUCGUUGACGAUGCCUAACGUCGAUCAGUAGAUUAGAAUGCGUGUACCAUCGUGUGCCGUUUUCCUUACCGUUCAUUUUCUACCGAUAGUUCUAGGCUGUUUUCCAAAUAUUCGACAACAACGGCAGCGAAUUGUACAGAGAAGAAAACCAAGAUAUUUCGUCCCUCGAUCCCUCCCGAUUAUUUUCGUACGAUAGCCUCGCGAUUAGACUACCUGACGAUGUAGUGAACCGACGUCGCACACAUGCUGUUCACCGGCGAGAUUGAUAAACGAUGCAUGCAACUCGUUUAUUCGAAUCGAUGUUUCGCGUGUUUUCGCUUGUUCGUGCAUGUGCUUCUCGCGGUUGCUUUUAACGGGACUUGUGGACUUGGGUGAAUGGAAUCAGGAUGACGUCUACGUUACCGAUACUUUGACGAUCGACAAGUCGCUAUUUCAUUUUUAUCUGUGUACUUUAGCUGGUGCUAAUCGCAGUUUUGAAAAUUACUCGUUUCGCAGCGUAUGUUGAAUAAAGUAUCAAAUAUGUUAAUAACAGAAUGACCGCUCGAUAAUUAACUGACAGUCAACUUAAUGUCAGAAGCUAGGCUUUAUGGGCUGAAACCCUUUUGCAGAAAGUUCCAAAGUACCUUCAAGUUCCGUAGUCCUAAAAUUCCAAUAUCACAUUUACCUGCCAGCUACUUAUCGAGCGGCCAGUAUACUGAUUAACACAUCCUCGACGUCCACAAUACUUUACCGUCCCAAAUAGCAAAUCCAAUGUAGCGAACAAGCGAAAAACCCAACUAUCUAGAACGUACCAAGGAAUUAGAAAGACGAGAGGAUCGUUAACCUAAUACGUGCACUGUCAGCAAGAAUUGUCCGGGGCGAGAAAUAUCUUGCUCGCAGGGCAACGGUCGUCCGUCGAGGACGGUCAUCGCGUCGUGGGAGCCAUCGUCAUUGCGAAAGAUACAAAGUUGUGCGGGACCCAGAACGAAGAAAUAUUUCUAAUGUAGCGUUUAAAUAAGACGGCUGGCAAGGUAGGAGAAAGCUUGCGUGAAGAGAGCAUGAGUGUACGUGUGUGUGGUUACAUAGACUGCAUGAUUACGAGGGUUGCCUCUCGCGACAAAUAUUUAUCUAGAUGAGGAUGCGUAACGGAGAAUAGAACCGCGAUGAUGGAUCAUUAUUUGUACAUAAAUACAUGUUACGAUCACCCGCCUUUCACCAUAAGGGACGGGAGAAAGCCUAUAUUGGGCUGAAUGUUAACUUGAAAGGGCACUUCCUAGGAUCCGUGCAUUCGUAGGAUUCUUUUGGAUAUUCAUGGGCGUAGUCAAGGAUGUCAAAUUUUAGUUGAGAUUCGUUUUGUAAGACUGAAUUUUUUUUAUUUAUGAAUCAUUGUCGGAUUUAAAAAUUUUUAAAUCUUCAAAUACCCAAAUUGUUAAUGGUAGUAAAUAUAAUUUUAAGAUGAGGUGAGAACCGGUAGUUCUCUUGGCUACGUCCAUGUGUUCCCUUUCGACUUUCACGCCGCUUCGAUCUUAUUUUCACCUGUGUGCAUCAUGUUGCGUUCCUUCCAUUUACCCGGUGAAUACACGGGUAGACUUGUCACGAACAAUAAACGAAAGGAAACGUCGCGCGACGAGGCCUCCCCUGCGACCCGCAACUCGAAUCUCCAACCCCGAAAUUUUACACGAACGAACCAGCGACGUUUCUUCUGCUAUCGAUAUGUCGUUGAUACAGUUUCAUUGCUUUGGUAUUCAUAUAUAUAUGUAUAUAUAAUAAAUAUAAUAUAUAUAUGAGUAUAAAUAUAAAUAAAUAUAAAUAUAAAUAAAUGAAUGAAUAAAUGAAUAUAUAUAUAGUUGUUGAAUUUGUAUUACCGUAAAGGUAUAAGGGCGAAUCGAGGGUGGUACGAGACAGCCUCGAGAGCGCGACGACAAAUGUGGUGUGGAUGUAAAUAAUUAUUAUUAAUUAUACGCUCGUAUAGAAAAUUAAGAGACUAAAGGGUGAAGGUUGAACAGUACGGAGGUCGAGGACACAUCGUUGCACAUCGUUGCGCGAUUAAAUUAAAACACACGCGAUUCAAAUACCCGUACACGCGAAAACGAGAGAGAGAACAUGUACACACACACAUGCAUACAGAUACACGAACACACGAUACACACGUAAAAAAUUGCGCGUAGCUUAACUGUCUCCUUAAUGUAGGUGUUGAAACGUCGCCGGAAAUGCGAGACGAAAGAGUACCCCCGAGAGGGUCGAAAAGAGGUGACAAGGAGGUGGAGGAGGGUAAAGGAGAAGGGAAGCCACUUGUAAACUGGACUAAUAGAAUAGUGCAAACCUAACUAUAUUUAACUGUGACAUGUAAUAUCCUUAACGAAAGCGAAAAACGAAAAAAAAUGCGAUCUACUGAUAGAAAAGAGUUGUUCUUGCACAAACACGAAUGCUUCAUUGAUAAUUAUAGUGUCUCUCUCUUUCUCUCUUUCUCUAUCUCUCUAUCUUCAGAAGUACAUACCUCUCUGUACCUUAUGGCAAUUCAAUAAUUAACCGACACAACAUAUGUUUCGGCAUCGAAGACGAAGAGAAAAUAUUAAUGAAAUGUGGAACGCUGAACCGCGCCGCGAACGAUUCUCGUCAUCGUUUUAAUUCGACCUCAUCGUUUGAGUAAUCGAUCACCGGAAAACACGCACCGAUCAUUGUUAAUCAUUAUUAUUAUUGUCACGAUCAUUAUCGUCGCGUUGAUACGGAGAAACGAGUGUCGAGAACUCGGCAUCGUCGUCUGCUCGAAUAAUGUUACUAGCAAAAUGAUCCUCAUCAUCGACUAGUUGAGAUAGAAGGAGAGGAAAACGAUUGUGUUCGCGCAAGAAAUUGCGCGGUCAAUUUUCUCGCAGUGAUAGGCAGAUGGUGAACGAAAAUAUUAAUAGCUGCAUUACUAGUUUAACUAUUAUAUUUCCAAAUGUCUUGAGUUCGUAUUGAAAAUUAUUAUCAAGCUUCUAAUUCAGCAAAGUUCUAAAUCUCUUAAUUUCCAAACCCUCAAAUUUAUAAAUUUUCAAACCCCAAAUUUUUUGAUUUUCUAAGAUUCUAUCUAAUUUGAAAAUUCUCGUAUUUUUAAAUGUUUUAAAUGAGUGAUUUUAUGCACAUCUGCCGAUCACUGAGACGAUGAAGAGCGAUCAACAUAUUUGUCGACGUCACACGCGAAAUGAGAAGGCCAACGAGAUUCUAUUUCGCGUUUUGAUCUUAAUUUUUUUCGAAAUAGAAUCUCACUCGUAUCUCGUGGCCGAAACAAGUUGCAACCUAUGAGGAGAGAAAUGAACGAGGCGUUUUGUAAUAUUCAACGUCCGUGUGUCGUUUUAGAAGAGCGUACGAAAGGACAAAGCACUUUGUAUGCACCCAACACCCUCCCUCUCUCCCAUUUGUUCAUGCCCAUUUAUAUCGCGUAGUUGGACCGGUCGAUAAUUAUAACGGACGUGAAAAUACUAUUAUAUAUAUAUACGUAUAUAUACAUAUUAUAUAUAUAUAAAUAUAUAUAUAAAAGCGAUAAGAAUGAAACUACUGUAACUACACCUGCCUCUUGUGAAUAAAUGCCUAUUUGUUUCUUUUCA